CUUAGUCGCGGGGAGCCGUUCGUGACCGGGAGGCUCCCAUUCGCUGCAUUGGAAAGACCCCUCGCAGAGUCCAGCCUUUGCGGAGUUACCCUUUCUCUGCUUCGCCCCGGUAACAGAAAAGAAUGGCAGAUGUCUCUGAUGUAGAUUCUUUGGCUACAAAGCUAAAAAAUACAGUCAUUCAGUACUAUAACAUUGAGGAUAAUGAAUGGAGAGUUGCUAGGAAAACAAAAGAUAUUACUGUUUGGCGUAAGCCGUCAGAAGAAUUCAGUGGGUACCUCUACAAAACACAAGGUUUUGUGGAAGAGGUUACCAACAGAAUAAUAGAUCACAUACGUCCUGGACCUUAUCGGCUCAGCUGGGACAGCCUGAUGACCACAAUGGACAUUGUUGAAAAGUAUGAAAAGAAUUGCUGUGUAAUGCGUUAUACCACAGCUGGUCAAAUAUUGAACAUCAUUGCACCAAGAGAGUUCAUUGACUUCUCCUGCACAACCAACUAUGAAGAUGGGCUGCUGUCAUGUGGUAUUAGCCUGGAUUAUGGUGAAGUAAGGCCAAGUUUUGUUCGAGGAUUUAACCACCCCUGUGGCUGGUUCUGCUUUCCACUCCCGGAGAAUCCAAGACAUAGUCUUUUAGUUGGCUUCAUCCAGACGGACCUGCGUGGGAUGCUCCCACAAUCAGUAGUAGACACAGCUAUGGCUGGUACACUGAUUAAUUUUUAUUCUGAUCUUAGGAAAGCUCUGAAGGCAUAAUCGGUAUAACUACAACUUCUUUGUAUCAUUCAUAAUCCUUUUCUGCUCCACACAGUAUUUUUUUUUAAAUUAAGGUACAUUGGAAACUUCCACAUGAAGACCUGUCGUUUUCCUUAUGAGGUACUGUAGUUUCAUCUGCACAGAUCAAUAUAUUUACUUUGAAGUAAGACCCUCAGUGAAUUCAAUUGAGAUGAUUGUUCUAAAAAAGUAAUAUCCAUGUUUAGGCUUGAAAAAAGCACAUGCCCUAAUUUUAAGACCUGAGUGGUGGUAAUUACUUUAUUCUCUAGAAGACAUAAUUUUUUAUAGCAUAGUUUUGGAAAGUAUUUUAUUAUGGCAUUAAUUUCAAGGAUUUGUUUUCCUAACAGCAUGUUAGGAAACCAGCAACAGUGUAUUUGUGUUGGGAACUUCUUUCCUUCCACACAUCUCUAAUGCAGAACUUCUGCUGUCCUUGGAGUUUUCUGUAUAAGUGAGGACCCUCCUGUUCCAGGGCUCUCAGCUGAGCCUUCAUGGCUCAGAGCCUAGUCCCCCUCAAUGUACUGAGGUGAUGUGAGCAUAAGUAUACUGUUGCCAUUAUUCUGAAUGCACAAAGUGCUCUAUUUUUAAGGAUUUAAGAAGUCUGCAGUUUCACAAGUAAAGCACUUAGGUUAAGUUCACAUACUUAGAGCUGGCUGGACAAUACACUGGUCCUGUGAAAUGGCACACAUCUCAGUGCAGCAAGAUUGAUAUCUUUUGGAGCUCUUCUUGCCAGAUUGGGAAUACUCUGUGCAGACACAUAUCUAGUUGCACAUUUGUUUUGGAAAUGCUAUUGCUAUGUAGCAUGCAUCAUCUGGGUCUCAGAUGCAUAUGCCUACUUACAGAACAGUGAGAAUAGAAAUUAUACUCUCAAUCAUUGCCUUGAGGGGCACUCUAACUGAAUUGUGGUAUAAGCAAUGAAACCUGGUACUGCAAAACUGAGUGACUUCAAACAUUUGUGAGGACUUUUAUCAUCUCUUUCCAGAUUGUUGCAUGUUGUACUUUCAAGUUUAGGUUUAAAAACAUUCAACAUUUAAGAUUCUUACUUGAGAAUUUUAUAUGGUUUCGGUAAUUUAAUGCCUGACUUUUUAAGGUACCUUCUUCAUUUAAUAUUAGUUCAGUGGGAAACUAUCUGGAUUAUAGGAACAUGAAAUGCAUACUAUGUAGUCAAAUUAUACACUGUAGGAAGACUAACUGAGGCCACAUUAAGAGUAUCCACUUUUGUGGCACACAGCUUUAUAGCGGUAGGGGAGAUAGCAAUGUUUUCAAUAAGAGAGAAAAUAAAAAGGGUUAUAUACUUGGCUUUUGAUUUUGUUCUAGAAGCACUUGAGAGUGUAAAUGUGGGUUGCUAAAGUGUAAGCUCAUAGCUGGGAGACUGAAAUUGCCAUAAUUGCUUUACCUCAGUUUGUUAUUCAAACAUGAAUAGGGCACAGUAUCCUGAUCUUUAAAGGGCUUCCACGUGAUCAAGCACUUACUCAAGAUGCUGCUGCAGGUGUGAUCACAUAUCAAGCCAGUAAGGUUUCACCACAGUGCUUAUUCCAAUUCAAAGAACAGAAGCAGGGGUUGCAGGAAAUGAACUGUCCCUUGUUAAUUCCUCAUGUAUUCCCAGAUGUCUGGAGCCAUGAUGAUGGAGGAAAUUAAUGUCAUUUGUCAGAACUUCACUCACCAAUAAGCAAAAGAAGAUUCAAGGACAGGGCUCUGAUAGAUACUUGCUUUUAGUGCAGAUGGAAGAAGCUGUAAUAGUGAAGAAGUUCAAGUAACACGAGUCUAACAGUUCAGUCCCCUGUGUGUGGCAGCCUCAGGGUUUAAAUUUUACAUCUCUUUCUCCUACCCUUACAUGGAAUGGACUUAUUUCUCACCCUUAAAUAUGAGGACUCCUGCACUGGAUUUUGAUAAUUGGUCUUUCUGAAUCUAAACUUUUUACUUUUGGCCUUGGCAGCUUCAGCCCCUCUACUAUUAGUUGAUGUCCAAAAAUGAAUCUAACCCAAUAUGCUAAGUGUUAUAAGUCACCUGCUUCAUAAUGUACAUCCUAAACAUUUGCUAUGACAAGAAUUCAGAGAAUAUGUGUGUUUUUGUGUUAAGAAAGAAUUGUGAAAUCUCUUAUGCCAUAACUUCAACUUUCUGAAAUCGUCAUGGCUUAACGGACAGUUUAUAAACUCUGUAGGAGACCUCAGCGCUGAAAAUGUGCUUGUUAUGUGAUAUACCUUUUCAUUAAGAUUAAUUCCAGUUCUUAAUUUUGCCUUGCAAGUAUGAGAAAGAAUAUCAGUGAUGCUACUGGCACAAUCCAGAAGGUACUCACAAUAUUCACACCAACUCUAAAUCACAGAACUGACUACUUGUAGCAUUUGUAUGGUGUUGGUUUACUCGUAUGGCAUUUAUGGUCUUGUAAAAGAAAAUUACAUCAGCAGCAUGAGGUAGUGCUAGAUUUUCCCAAGCAGGUGUGAAUCUGUGUAAGAAUCUGCUUCUGCAUUAUCAUGAAGAACAGCUGAACAUAAGGGCUAUAUUCACAUAUUGUGUGGAAUAAAUCAUAAUGACCUAUCCCCAUGAACUUGCUUUAACUGUCAUUUAAAUAGACAAUUCAUCUUGCGUAUUGUCGAAGGCUU